UUUGUUUACAACGUUACAUCUGUUAUCAUGUUCAUAAAUUCUGUUUCUACGUAAAUGUUUGCAUAAAUAAUUGUUAUUUUAACUUUAAAGCAAAUAUCUGUGAAAGUCACUAGCAGAAAAAAUUGUUAACGUACCAGUUUAAAUAUAACCUCAAAAUGGCAAUAUUGCAUUAUAUCGCAUUCUCUCUUCUCGUUACCGGCUGUCUGAGCCAAAGACCGUCUUACGCUGGAAGCAGGCCGAUUGGGUACCCAGAAAUCGAAACUACUCCUUCAUCUGGAUUACUAGGAAACAGAUUUGGAAAUGAUGAGCGUGUUCAAGUGCUACCUCUGGAUGCGUUGAACGACAGAAACUUGGUGUUGCGUAUAAGUAGGUUGCCGAUAGACAAACAACCAUUCUGGUUUAUUAACUGGAGAGCUGUAGAAGCUAAUAGGAGAAGGCCACAGACUUACGAACAGCGACAAAGUCCAUUCCUCGAACCUAUAAACCAAAAUCAAGGCAACGAAUUCAACUUUUAAAAUAUACAAACAUUUAAAUUUAUAAUGUGGGUUACAAUAAAUAAAAGGUUGCAAAAUGUA